AGAAUAAAGAAAUCCAUGGCAGUUUGGCACAUAUUCUAACCUUGAUGUGUCCGUCUGCUAGCACAUUAAAGGAGCAUCGUUGUCAAAUAUUAGACCUCAUCAGAAGAAGGAAGAAACUCUCCAAUAAUCUAUUCUCACAGAUCACAAGACAUAGAGAGUGGUCAGAUAUACUAUCACAGCAGAAGAGUUAUUAGGAGAUCAGAGAAAGAUAUCAUUCAAGUUAAUUUCAUGGACAGAGUUUCUACCAUCUUUAUCGUAUAUUGUCCUUGAUCUAGACAGAUAAAGGCUUCUUGGUCCAGAUCAACUUUUUCAGGCACAUAUAUAUGUACAUGUGUCCUAUCCAAAUAGUUGUCUUGAGGGUUGUGUAAGAAUGGCAUGUUCAAGUGAAGGUGGUGGUGAGCCACUGAGUCCAGCUGCAAGGUUAUUCCAUUCACCAUCCUUUAACUGUUAUGUGAUUGCCAUCAUUGGUUGCAAGACAAGUAUCAAUCCUCAAGUCAUUAGAGAUGGUUUAUGUCAAACUAUUCUUAAGCAUCCUAGGUUCACCAGCAAGCUUGUUAAGAAAGGAAGGAAAACUAGAUGGACAGAAACAACAAUUGACCUAGACAACCAUAUCAUAGUCCCACAAAUAGAUUCUAAAAUUGAUUUCCCAGAUAGAUUUGUUGAGGACUACAUUUCCAAUUUCACCAAAACACCACUAGACAUAUCCAAACCACUAUGGGAAUUACAUCUCCUCAACAUCAAAACCUCAAAUGCUGAAUCAAUAGGAAUAUUUAGAAUCCACCAUUCACUUGGUGAUGGUACCUCUCUCAUAUCACUUCUCAUUGCAGCUACUCGCAAAACUUCUGACCCUAAUGCGUUACCAACGGUCCCAACAACGCGAAAGAGAGAUGACUCAAAUGUACAUAAUUGUUCGAUUAUUGUCUCGUUUUGGUUGAGUAUUUUGUGGGGGUUGAGAUUGAUUUGGAACACUAUUGUGGAUGUUUUGUUGCUUGUUUUAACCAUAUUGUUCUUUAAGGAUACACAUACUCCUUUGAAAGGUGCACAUGGGGUUGAGCUUAAUACCAAGAGAUUUGUGUAUCUUAUGGUUAGUAUGGAUGAUAUUAAGCUUGUCAAGGCUGAAAUGAAAACGACCAUCAAUGACGUUUUGUUGGGGUUGACACAAGCUGGUCUCGCUCGCUACCUGAAUAGAGAAUAUGUAGGUGUGAAAAAUGCAAAUGACGGUGCUGCAAUGAGUAAAAGUGGCAUCCCCAAGAACAUUCGUCUCAGGGCAUCAAUUCUAGUUAACAUCAGAGCUUCUCCUGGAAUCCAGGAUCUAGCAGAUAUGAUGGCUGAGAAAGGAAAAGCCAGAUGGGGUAAUAAGAUGGGGUAUAUAAUCUUCCCUUUUAACAUUGCUUUACAAGAAGAUCCAUUGGAAUAUGUUCGUCAAGCUAAGGCCACAAUUGAUCGAAAAAAACAAUCAUUGGAAGCUAUUUGCUCUUAUGCUUGUGCAAAAUUGGUACUCAAUUUAUUUGGAGUUAAGAUUGCUGGUGUCAUAACAAGAAGAGUUCUCUUUCACACUACUAUGGCUUUUUCUAAUGUAGCUGGUCCAGUGGAAGAAAUUAGCUUCUAUGGACAUCCUGUUGCAUUUAUUGCUCCAAGUGUAUAUGGACACCCACAUGCACUAACUAUUCAUUUUCAAAGUUACGCCAACCAAAUGACCAUUUCAAUGGCAGUGGAUCCAACCAUAAUUCCAGAUCCUUAUCUCUUGUGUGAUGAUUUUGAAGAAUCACUCAAACUCAUUUGUGAUAAUGUUGUUAAGAAAAGGCACAUUGCUGAAAUUAUUUAAGAUUAAAGAAUUUAAUUACGAGCUCCUAUAAAACUUUCCAAUCA